UCUCACAGCCGCUGUCUGGAUGUCCAUGAAAGGCAGAGGAUCCAAAUACCAGAAAAGAGUGUCGUUUUCUGAGGAUGAAGAUGAGCAGUGCUGGAAAGAGGAGAACGGCGGUGUGGACGCACAUCACCUGAAAUCCGUCAAGACGGUCAGCGAUUCAUCGGGAUAUUACCGGUACAACAUGAAAUCUUCGGAUACUUUCCCCCAUCGCAGGAUGACCCUACCACGAGAAAAGGGCCGACGACAGGCGGUUCGCGGACCGGCGUUCAUGUUCAACACCCGUGGCAGCAGCCUCACGGCGGAGGAAGAACGCUUUUUGGACGCGGCGGAGUACGGCAACAUCCCGGUGGUCCGGAAAAUGCUGGAAGAAUCACCCACACUCAACGUGAACUGCGUCGACUACAUGGGACAGAACGGGCUACAGCUGGCCGUCGGCAAUGAACACCUGGAGGUCACCGAGCUGCUCCUGCAGAGAGACAACCUGGCCCGUGUCGGGGAUGCACUUCUGCUGGCGAUUUCUAAAGGUUACAUGCGUAUUGUGGAGGCCCUGCUGGGACAUCCGUCCUUUGCGGGCGGCGAACGACUCACCCGCAGCCCCUGCGAGUUGCAAGACGACGACUUUUACUCGUACGACGAGGACGGCACGCGGUUCUCGCCCGAUAUCACGCCUAUCAUCCUGGCCGCCCACUGCCAGAAAUACGAGGUCGUGCACAUGCUGCUGAUGAAGGGCGCCAGGAUCGAGCGGCCUCACGACUACUUCUGCAAAUGCGCUGACUGCACGGAGAAGCAGAGGAAGGACUCGUUCAGCCACUCGCGGUCCAGGAUAAAUGCGUACCGUGGACUGGCCAGUCCGGCGUAUCUCUCUCUGUCCAGCGAAGACCCCGUACUGACCGCACUGGAGCUGAGCAAUGAGCUCACCAAACUCGCCAACAUCGAAAAAGAGUUUAAGGAUAAAAAGAACCGUAAUAAAGAGACAUCGCAGCACAAUGGCUUCUUUCUGAAUGACUACAGGAAGCUAUCUAUGCAGUGUAAAGACUUUGUGGUUGGCGUUUUGGAUCUGUGCAGGGACACGGAGGAGGUGGAGGCCAUCUUGAACGGAGAUAUAUCCGCCGAGCUCAAAGAAGGCCAGCAUCAUCGCUCCCUGCUCAGUCGAGUCAAACUGGCCAUUAAAUACGAGGUUAAGAAGUUUGUGGCUCAUCCUAACUGCCAGCAGCAGUUGCUGACGAUCUGGUAUGAGAAUCUGUCUGGUCUUCAGGAGCAAACCAUUGCAGUCAAGUGUCUGGUGGUUUUGGUGGUGGCGCUGGGACUCCCUCUGCUAGCUGUGGGGUAUUGGUUUGCCCCGUGCAGUAAGCUUGGUAAAAUACUACGCAGUCCUUUUAUGAAGUUUGUUGCUCAUGCGGCCUCCUUUAUCAUCUUCCUGUGUCUGCUGGUGUUCAAUGCGUCCGAUCGGUUUGAUGGCAUCACCACCCUUCCCAACGUCACCGUCACCGACUACCCGCUCCAGAUCUUCAGAGUCAAAACCACACAAUUCACCUGGACAGAAAUACUGAUCAUGAUCUGGGUAGCAGGAAUGAUGUGGUCGGAGUGUAAGGAGCUCUGGACGGAGGGUCCGAGGGAAUAUGUCAUGCAGCUCUGGAAUGUGCUGGAUUUCGGCAUGCUCUCCAUCUUCAUUGCGGCAUUCACUGCCCGUUUUUUCGCCUUCCUGCAGGCCAUGAAAGCCCAGAAGUAUGUGGAUGAGAAGAUCCACGCUCCAGACCUCUCAAUGGUCACGCUGCCGCCGGACAUCAAAUAUUUCACAUACGCGAGAGACAAGUGGCUUCCAUCGGAUCCUCAGCUGAUCUCUGAGGGUCUGUACGCCAUCGCUGUGGUCCUGAGCUUCUCUCGCAUCGCCUACAUCCUGCCGGCUAACGAGAGCUUCGGGCCGCUGCAGAUCUCACUGGGACGAACAGUGAAGGACAUCUUCAAGUUCAUGGUCCUCUUCAUCAUGGUCUUCCUCGCAUUCAUGAUUGGCAUGUUCAUCCUCUACUCCUACUACCUGGGGGCAAAGGUUAACCCCGCCUUCACCACGGUUGAGGAAAGCUUUAAAACUCUCUUUUGGUCCAUAUUCGGCCUGUCUGAGGUGUCUUCUGUGGUGUUGAAAUAUGAUCAUAAAUUUAUCGAAAACAUCGGCUACGUGCUGUACGGGAUCUACAAUGUUACCAUGGUGGUGGUUCUGCUCAACAUGCUUAUUGCCAUGAUAAACAGCUCAUACCAGGAAAUAGAGGAUGAUGCAGAUGUGGAGUGGAAGUUCGCUCGGUCUAAACUCUGGCUCUCGUAUUUUGACAACGGCAAGACUCUCCCGCCUCCAUUCAGCAUCGUCCCCAGUCCGAAGUCCUUCUAUCUGUGUAUCAAGAGACUGAUCAACCUGCUCCGGUGUCGCCGGCGCCGCCUGAAAAAAGACGUGGAGCUGGGCAUGGACAACUCGAAGUCCAGGCUGAACCUCUUCACCCAGUCGAGCAUGAGGAUGCCGGACUCUCACAGCUUCAACAGCAUCCUAAAUCAACCCACACGCUAUCAGCAAAUUAUGAAGCGUCUCAUUAAACGCUAUGUACUGAAAGCACAAGUGGACAAAGAAAAUGAUGAAGUGAAUGAAGGCGAGCUGAAGGAGAUCAAGCAGGAUAUUUCCAGUCUGCGAUAUGAACUGCUAGAGGAGAAAUCUCAGGCCACAGAAGAGCUCUCACUGCUCAUACAGAAACUCAGUGACAAACUCAACCCUUCUGUCCAUCCGCACCGAGCCAAUGAAGGGUGAAGUCAUUCUUUAUGUUAAAUACUUUAUUACAUUUCCAUUUUAAUAUGCAGAACAUCUGCCAUUGUUCU